AUGCUUGUUGGGACAAGGAAUAAUGAUUUGGCUCAAUCUCCGACUCUUUCCAGCAUUAAAGUUCUUGUUUUUUUCGGCAACGGAUCAAACGCUGUGAAGUUCACUGAUUCCGAUUCUAACGGUCAGUCGAACCCGAAUGUUAAUGUAAUUCUUGAAAAUCUGCUGGAAUGGUUUAAGCAAAAACUGCAGCGUUAUUCCAGCGAAGCACCAGUUCCUAUAUGUCAGGAACCAUCAAAGAUAAUUGCCCAAGAGAUCAUGAGCAAGAUAAGAGGAGCACAUCUAGAUCUAGACGGUGUUUCUCGAAUUCAGAUCAACAUAUGUGCCGGUCAUGUCUUUUUAAUCCACAAGAUAAAUGACCGGAUACAAUAUAAUGGGCAAGAAUUCUUUCAACAGCUGCCACUCUUCCUGGAAAUUUCGGUAGAAAUUCAAUCAAUGCACCCGCUGGUACUUCGUCACACUCCUUGCCAAGUUAUGGUGACUGUUGAAGUCUUACAAGACAAUAAUACAAAUUCUACGGAGUGGUUAAUCGAGGAAAUGUCCACAAAUUCGCUGGGUGCUGGAGGGUUAUGGCGCAAUGUCGGAACUGCAAAUCAUCCGACUCUCCAACCAUAA